UCGGAGAACAAUCGCAAGGCUUGCAUCGAAAAAUUCAAAUCAUUCCCAAUGCCGAAGUUGCGUAAUGCAGCAGAAGCAGCUGUGUUGGUCCCAUUAUGUUUAUAUAAAGGAGAACUCGGAUUCUUAUAUACUCUGCGAUCUAUGAAACUCACAUCCAAUCGGGGACAAGUGUCCUUCCCAGGUGGCAUGCGUGACAAGAGUGACGUUGAUCUGCAAGAAACUGCUUUGCGAGAGACUUGGGAAGAGUUGAAGAUUUCCAGGGAGAAGAUCGACGUGUGGACCACAGGGAAUCUCAUCGGCAAAUCUGACGUUAAUGUGAUGCCGGUUCUAGCUUACAUCGGCGAGGUGAUGCCGGAAGAACUGGAGAUCAAUCCUGAUGAGGUGGAAGAAGUAUUCGUGGUCAGCCUGCAAAAAUUGUGCGAUCCUAAGCUGAUUAGUUUCACGAGUUUCCGCCGACCACUUGUGACCCUACCAUGUUACCUAGGUGGAAAAUACCGUGUCUGGGGUUUUACCGGUGCUAUCACUCACAUAGCUCUCGAAUGCUUGGUGCCGCAAGUGUACAAAUACAAAUUCUUAUCAAUACAAUCGAUGCAGAAGAAUGAAUCUGGAGAGAAGGAAUUGGUUUCUUCCGAUUAUAAUGCGACGCGCUCGAAAAUAUGAAGAGUAGAGUAAAAUAAAAUGCUAAAUCUCUACAGCCAAUAGCGAGAGACAGACGCGCGUCGUUUCCGGCGAAAUA